AUGGAAGCGUCAGACUCUGAAAGCGACGGUGGAGUUCCCAUUCUACCGCUAAACGCUUCUGAAGGCCUGGACGAUGAGACGAUUUUGCACCCGGCGCCACCUUGCUCCGAGAGCGAGGCGAACGCUCGGGAGUCCGCGGUGACGGUGGCGGUGGCGGGUUCUUCGCCCCUGCUCGAGACUGGCCCGCCACCAGUUGCCGCGGAACCUUUCGAGCCUGCUCCAGAGUCGGGACUGUACUCGUCGAAGGAAACGAAUUUCCGACGUUCUCUUUCGAGCGGUGCGCUCGAGGGCCUCCGAUCUCGAAACCAGACUCUGGAACUCUUUCAGCAGUCGAUUCGCAACCAACUUUUGUUGCAGCGUGCGACGCAACGCGCGACCCCGGAUAGCUUGCACACACGCGAACGCCCAGACAACGCUGAACCUAGCAGUAGUUCCGGACCCGAACACGAGACGAACCUGCACGGAGCGCUUACAACGAACGAGCGGGACUUGUACAGAGAUUCUGGCCGUGCGGAGGAUUCGCCUGUAAGUGAGCGUAGACAAGGCGCGCUGCCCUCGAGUGCGGAAAACGUGUCUCCUGAGCACCGCGACAGCCACGAUGAGGAGUUUCCGCAGCCACCGACGUUGCGCCCUAGCGGGCGUGCUCGGGGCCAGGCGCCGGAACCCAUCGCGACAACACCAUACGCCGGAUUUGGACAACACACUCCUGCCGAGCAAAAGAAACCAAAACGCGCCCUGAACACAUUGCUUUGUUUCCGGUUUGGGUUUAACGGACAUGCCACGGUUGAGAAAAUCACCACAACAGAGAUUCUGGCGGCAGCGCGGGCGAACGAUCAGAUCCGUGCACCGAGCAGCGCCAACUGCAUUCCAGCAGACUCCCAGUCCGAAGAGACGCUUCAUCACGCGGUAUGGCGACAGCGCAAGAAGGAACGCAGAAAGCUCCAGGCUGAGCUGCGUGGUAUCCUUCAAAGCCGCGACCUGAGACAAAUCCAUCCGACCACAAAACCGCGGCCCGUUAUUCUCGUACGGCGACAUGUGAUCAUUGUGAGUCUUGCGCAUCUGCGCGCCGUCAUUUUCGCUGAUCAUAUGUUGCUCUUCAAUCCCAAUGAUCAGAGUGUGCGUCAGAGUGCCCGAUCCAUCGAAGAGCGGCUCAUCGCUGCCCAGAGUGAUGAGGAACAGGAGAUUCCCUUUGAACUUCACGCGCUGGAAUCCGUUUUGAUCGAGGUGUGCGUCGCACUCGAACGAGAUCUCGCGUGUAUCGAGCCGAGUCUCACGCGCCUCCUGAAUGAGUUGACACACAAGAUCAGCGGCAGGAAGCUGGAAGAAAUGCUCUAUUUGAAGCAAAUGUUGAGCAACUUUUCAUCUCGAGUAGACGGAGUGCGAGACGCGCUCCAAGACCUGCUCAGCGAGGACGAAGAUAUGGCUCGAAUGUAUUUAACCGAAAUGCGGAAGCACCCCGACACUGAGCGCCCGACAAAAGCCCACACACAGGUGGAGGAGCUGCUCGAGUCGUACCUGCGGGUGCUGGACUAUCUGGCGGGCCGAGCACGGCUCCUCGGUGCCACCAUCGAUGAUACCGAGGGUUUAGUGGAUCUGCAACUGGACUCGAUGCGAAAUCGCCUUUUGCGCAUCAGUGUGUUAAUGACCGUCCUGACCUGUGUCUUCGCUGGCGCUGGUGUUGUGAAUCGAUUCUUUAGCAUGAAUCUGCAACUGCCGAUCUACGGCACCAAUGCUUCGUGGUUCAUCGGCUUUGUGGCAAUCACGGCAUUCACGGUGCCGCUCACGAUUCUGUGUAUGUUUUGGUGGGCGCGGCGGGUUGGUAUCCUUACCGUAUGA